AUGGCAGAGCUGGAGCAUUUCUCCCAUGGAUGUGCGUUGACUCCGCCGGAUAUCGUCGCCAAGAAUGUCUGCAACAUUUGUUACAAAGAUGAACCUGUCGAGUUUUCCUGCAAGCCUUGCAAUUUCGAUCUCUGCAAAGCUUGCUCCAAGCUACCACAAAAAGUCUCGCACGAUUUUCACCCAGAUCACCUUCUGGAGUUUCACCUAGCCCAAUUCGAUCGGAAACCUGGGCACGUGAUAUGCUCUGGCUGUGGGGACAUGUGUUCUGGUUCAUUCUACGAGUGUAAAGAGUGUGAAGUCUAUCUCGAUCUGAGCUGUGCGCUUCUGAUGAACAUCCUCACGUGUUGGAACGCCGAACCAUUGCCUCACUACAGCCACCGUCACGUGCUCAGGAGGAGUAGACCAGGACCAGACGCUAGAGGCUCUUGUAUUCUCUGUGAGCUUCCUCUCUCUCCCUCCGCGAUAUGUUACGGCUGCGUUCAUUGUUAUAUGUUUUUCCAUGAGCGCUGCAUCGAUCUUCCGACGGAGAUUCAACAUCCUGUGCAUCCGGCACACUCACUCAAACGCCUUGAUUACAUAUACACUUGUGGUGAUGGAAUCAAUUGUAGUGCCUGUGGUCAUCUUAUAGAUGGUUCCCCGUUUGGCUGCCCAAAAUGUAAAUUUUACCUUCACAUGAGGUGUGCUGAUUCCUUGCUGCGAGGUCUGCUACACAAGUCUCAUCGUCACAGAUUGUUUUUCGUGGAUAGUGGUGCUGAGAAAUUCAGCAGUUUCAAGACUCCAUGCCAGAUAUGUAUGAGAUCUUGUGUACACUCUCUUGACUCGUAUUACAAGUGCGUGGAAUGUUGCUUGGAUUUCCAUUUCGAGUGUCUCGAUAUACCCCACUCCGUUGUCAAGAAAUCUUGCCACAUUCAUCCGCUUGUGUGUAAAAUAAGAUUCUUAGCUGAGGACGAUGCCGUGGAGUAUUGUGGCGUUUGCGAGACAAUGGUUAAUACAGGACAUCAUGCUUACUCUUGCAAAGAAUGUGACUUUCUUGGCCACAUUGAAUGCAUUUUGCACGAGGAAGUGCCUUCCCCAAUGUUCUUGAAAGAUUUGUAUUCUUCUACUAAUCAAGAGAACACAAGACCAACCAAUGUAGAAGACUUUGAGCCCAGCUUAUUGAUAGAAAGUGAACUUAUGAUUAAUGAUGUGGGGCAUAUUCAUGUGAUGAGACAUGUCGACAUGAGUGAUCUUGAUGGGCGUGCAGAUUGCAACAUAUGUGAUGAACCAAUACUUGAUAGCCCAUAUAAGUGCGAGACCUGCAGCUUCUGGACACAUAAUUUCUGUGCAGAGUUGGGGAAGCCAUUAACACAUUGGCUUCACUUAAACCACCCUUUGACACUAUCAAGAUCGCCUACAGAGAAGAUGCUGUUUUGUGCCGUAUGUGAAGGACAAAUAACAGGGUUUAAUCUAUUUUGCCGCAUAUGUGAUUUUACCAUCAACAUCAGUUGCGCACUGCAAGGUAAACAUUCUCUCGGGGUGUUAGGGCUUAAGUUCAUGGGAAUCUUGAGACAAGGUUGUAUGAGACAAAAACAUAUGGUAUCUCAUGUUUACAUCUCGAGGUCGUAUCCACAAUCUUGCACCAUUUGUGAUGAGAUUAUGUAUGGAAGAGCUGUGUCCUGCAUGAGGUGUGAAGAGAUAUAUCACCUUGAGUGUUAUUUAGUUGGAAGAUUACAACGUCUACUCCGGCAUCCACUUCACUCUAACCACUGGCUUGAAGUUUCACAUCAGAGUGGAUCUACGUGCGUUGCCUGCAAACUGAGUAUUAUCAAGUAUUGCUAUCAUUGUUCCACCUGUGAAGUCAACUUCCAUAUUGAAUGCAUCAAUGCUGUGAAUACAUCAGGAAAGGCCAGGUCCCACAGUCACAAUCUUUAUAACUUUUGGAUUGAUGACUUAAACGGGACUCGGGUAUGUAAUGUUUGUGCACAAACAUGUGGUGCGUCAUUCUAUGGCUGUAUUGAUUGUAACUUCAACGCCCAUGUGGAAUGUAUUGGGUUUCCAGACAAAGUGAAGAUCCAACAACACCAACAUACUCUUUCGCAACAGGCUCUUCCUGAGGCGAGGGAUUGUUCUCUCUGUGGAUCAAGAUGCUACAAUAUGGCAUACUCGUGCAACCACUGCAAAGACAUAUUUCAUAUGAAAUGCAUCAUGCCCACGAGUGACCGUGAAGCUGCAACAGAAGAGGAACAAUGUCAAGACAUCUAUCUUAUGUCUCUUGAGCGGAAUCUUUUCGACAUGUUUGGAGAGACUGAGUCCUAG